GUUGGUUGUCAAGAAUCUAUUGAGGGAAAAAAGAAAGAGAAAGAAUAUGGAUAUUGAGAAGAGACUCUACAAAGCUGCAAUUGAAGGUAAUAUUGGAGUUUUACAAGAAUUACUUCAAGAAGAUGCUUUGGCUCUUGAUAGACUUACCUUAAAAAGCUUUAAAGAAACUCCCUUGCACAUCGCAGCAAUGCGCGGGCAUAUUGAGUUUGUGAGGUUAAUUCUUAACGGAAAUCAACAUCUUGCUGCUGAACUGGAUUUCCAAAAUUCAUCAGCGCUUCACAUAGCUUCGGUUAAAGGGCACAUAGAAAUUGUUAAAGAUUUGUUGGUGGUGAAGCCUGAAAUGUGUCUGGCUCGUGAUCGCGAUGGUAGAAAUCCUCUUCAUCUUGCAGCCAUCAAAGGUCGAGUUGAAGUCAUCAAAGAACUUAUACAAAUCAAACCAGAUGAAGCUCUAGGAAUGAUCACGAACAAUGGGGAAAACAUUUUGCAUUCGUGUGUCAAGCAUAAUCAGUUAGAGGCUCUCAAGGUGCUGAUGGAAAUUGGAUUUGAUCAUGCGUUUUUGAACGCAAAGGAUAGUGAUGGCCACACCAUUCUGCAUUUGGCUGUUGCUGAUAAGCAAAUUGAGACCAUAGAGUUUCUUAGGAGGCACCCUGCAUUUGAUCUGAAUGCACUGGAUGGAUGCGGAUUAACAGAGAUGGAUGAUCAAAUUCAAGUCCAUGGUGACAUUGAACACAUUGAAAGUGGAGAAUCCAGUCGAUUUACAGGGCAACGUCGAAAGGAAGUCAAUCAUACUUCCCGGAGCGAAAUUAGUGAAUCUUCAAAAUAUACAUCACAGAAAAAAAAAUUGGAGCCAUUACAAAAAGCAGAUUGGAUAGAAAGGGAUAAGAAUACUUUAAUGAUUGUGGCUUCGCUUAUUGCAACCGUGUCUUUCCAAGCUGGUCUCACCCCUCCUGAAAAAAUUUGGAAAGAGAAUUCAAAAGAUACUGCAAUAGAAUCACCUAGUCCGAGUCCUACAGUAUAUUCAUCAGCGGGAGCAAAGAUCCCACCCUCGAUGUAUGACGAUUAUAUAGUGCCCAAUACAUUUGGGUUUAUAGCAUCUUUGAGCAUCAUAUUACUGUUGAUAAGUGGCUUGCCUAAGGAAGAGAGGUUUCAUGUGGAUAUUGAAGUUUAUCAUGUGGAUUGCCAUCUCUGCAACCACAUACACUUACCUUACAUCUGUCAGAGCCUUUGCCGAGGAAAGCAUAAACAAUGGUCAGAAUGUCAUAGUAUGCUCACUAAUUGUAUGGAUGGGAUUGAUGGCCUUCCUAUUCAUUAUCCAUACAAUCCGUUUGAUGGUGAAGGGCCUGAAGGCUGUUAGAAAGCUGAAGAAAUUUAUUGCCAAGAAGAGUAAUUAAUGAAUUCCAGCUAGUGUAAUAUUAAUGUCCUAGCUAGUGUGAACAAGUAAAAAACUCUAUCUAAUUUAUCUGAGGAUUCAUGAUCUCCAUGAUUGUAUUAGUACUCUUACAGUCUAGGUACUUAUUUUAAAAUAUUUGAGUUUUAGACCUCUUUGAAUAGUAAUAUAUUGGUUGACAGAUUUAAGUUAUAUAUAUAGAAGAUCUCUU